GUUCGAUUAUACGGACCGAAAGCAAGGACAUGCUGUCAUCAGAAGAAUUGAUUGUCCAAUUUGUCGAGACAAUUCUAUCGACCUACAAUAACCAAAUUUAUAUCGGCAGUUACAUAAACUGUUGCAAAACGAUGUUUUCGUUGUCGAAGCUGCGUCCGAGUAUCUUGUCCGAUUGCAAGAGUCCGAAAGAAGUUCAGAGCGAUCUAAUCUCCAGCUGGCUGAAUUUCUUCAACGGCGUUCCCGCCGACGCUCUCAGCGAGCAGCUGACCAAAAUGAAGGAGCACAUCUCCCACCUUCACGACACUCGUCCUCGCUUUUCCUUCCCCUCAUCCCCAGUUCCGCCGCAAUCCUGGUACUACGACCCUGUGGACAUUCUCUACGCCCAAUACCUCUCUCCGCUCCACCUCGCUGCCUGGUGCGGGUACCUCGACUUCUUCGCGUUCUGCGGCCGCUUCCCUUCCCUUCGCGCGCACUUCAUCCACAGCCGCGACAUCCUCGGCAACCUUCCCCUCCACGCCUGCUACUUCGUCUGCGACGCCUGGCUGGUCCCUCUCUCCGACCGCGCCUGCCCCGAUUUCAUCUGCAGCUGCCGCUACGACGCGCCCAACGCGCUGGGGCUCCUUCCGCUCCACAUCGCCUGCAUUUUCAACCAGCCCCGCGGGGUCGCCCAGCUCCUCGCGCAGCACGUGGACCCCCAGACCCCCGUCCGCUUCUUCUCCCGCGAUUCUCUCGACGUCGCGCUCGCCGACCUCGACCAGCUUCGCGACGCCGUUCUCCUCACCGCCCUCCCCGCCAAAACCCCCGCACAGACCGCGCUCCCCGCGGGGACCGCCCGGUGGGGCGAGGGUUCCGCGGGAGACUCGCUCUCCUUCGGCCCCGCCUGCAGCGACGCCUCGUUCGACGACGGGCUCUGCAUGGCGCGGUAUUGUUCCCGCGGGAAUAACCCGGACGGCGGGCGAAGCGACCGCGACCCCUGCUCGCUGCAUGGAAAUCAUGGAUCACUGAACGGCUCUCUGACCGAAUCUUUGACCGAAUCUUUCACGGGAUCCUUCACGGAAUCACUGAACGGCUCUCUGAAUGAAUCACUGAACGCUUCCUGCACCGACUCCUUCUGUCCCUGCUUCCCUCGCUGUUUCCUCCCCUCUCCCCGCGGUUCCUCGCCGUGUCUCUACGCUCUGGACGGCUUCACGGCUCUGCACUUCGCGCUGCACUGCUCGGCGCCUCGCUGCGCGCUUCUUCUUCUCCCCGCGAUUCCUCACGCCGCAUCCGCGCUCUCCGCGCCUUCCUCGUUUCCCCGCGGUCCCUCGCCCCUCCAGGUCGCUUCCCUCCACGGCCUCGCCUUCUUCGCCCUCCUCCCUCCCUCCCGCCACCGUUUCUUCGCCCAGUCCCUCCCUCGCCUCUGGUCCUCCCGCGGGAAUCCCUCCCGCGAGCUGCUCCCCUGCGCCGUGCUCAACGCUCUGCUGGCCUCCAACUAUCGCUCCCUCGUCCGUCUGCUUCGCGCGCGCAGCGACGCCGAGGCCGCGGGGCGUUUCGCGCCGCUCCACGUGGCCUGCGUCCUCCUCGACGAAACGCUCGUUCGCCUAUUGGUCGGCUACGGCGCCGACGUCCAGGCGCGCACUCCCGCGGGGGAGACCUGUCUUCACGUGCUCGUGCGUUCCCAGGCGGAACCGCGGGACGGAUCGCUCCGCGGGAAUCUGCUCGGACUGCUCCUCAUGGCGGGGUGCGAUCCCGCGGUUCUCGACGGCGAGGGCGUUUCGCCGCUGUUUGCCGCGGUGGAGCGCGACGACAUGCAUUGCGUGAGCGUGCUGCUGGCGUACGGAACCGCGGGGAAGUGCGGGAUGGGGCGGGAAGGACGCACCGCGCUGGCGGAAGCGGCGCGAAGACGAAGCGAAGAUUUGACAAGGUUGAUCGCGAAGAAGGAGCCCGCGUGGAUGAACGUGGCGGAUUCCCGCGGGUGGUUUCCGCUGCAUUAUGCGGUGGCGGCGGGGGAUAUUCCCGCGGUUGUGUUCCUGCUGAAUUGCGCGGCACCGCUGAGCGGCGAAGCAGUGACGGAUCUCGAGGAUGCGCUGAAGGCGGCGCCGCGAACGCUGCAGGGCGUGUACGAAGCGCUGGGUCCCGUGAUUCGAGGGCAGUUGCAGUUUAUAAACAAACUGUGUCCUAGCGAGAAUCGACAUAAACUGGGCUUUUUCUUACCGAACAAGCUGGUGGAGCGGUGCAUGCGCUGCCAAAAGCGGUUCUCGCUGAUCACAACGAAACGCCAUUGCAGACGAUGCGGCCAGGUGCUCUGUUAUAACUGCUGUCAGGCCAGCUCGGACAAAUCAAUUGAUCACAUCUGCGAGCAAUGCCGAAGCUUUGAAGCGCGCAAUGCAGGAGGGGAGAAGAGUUUGAGGAGGUUUGAAGACGGCGUCAUGUCGUAUUUGGUGAGAGUGGAUGCGACGCGGUUGGAUCGGAGAGGAACGAGUGAAAGCAAGUGUGAUGAUUGAGGAAAAAGAGAGUGCCAUUUUUCCGAGAUCGUUUUUCGUUUUGUUUAUUUUCAAUGAAUCUCU